CGGGGGGCUUGGAGCGCAGAGCGGUUUGGUCGUUCGUUGGAGGAGCUUCGUCUUGUUCUGCUCUGCGAUUGCGGCGCUUGUUCGAGCGCUUACAGCGGCGCGUCGGUCCCAGCAAGGGCCUCAGACUUCGGCUUUGGGUGAGAGAAGAUGGCCCGAACCAAGCAGACCGCUAGGAAGUCCACCGGAGGGAAAGCCCCCCGCAAACAGCUGGCCACCAAGGCGGCCCGGAAAAGCGCGCCCUCUACUGGCGGGGUGAAGAAACCUCAUCGCUACAGGCCCGGGACCGUGGCUCUAAGAGAGAUCCGUCGUUACCAGAAAUCGACUGAGCUGCUCAUCCGGAAGCUACCCUUCCAGAGGUUGGUGAGGGAGAUCGCCCAGGAUUUCAAAACCGACUUGAGGUUUCAAAGUGCAGCCAUCGGUGCCCUUCAGGAGGCUAGCGAGGCAUACCUGGUGGGGUUGUUUGAAGAUACCAAUCUGUGUGCCAUCCACGCCAAGAGAGUCACCAUCAUGCCCAAAGACAUCCAGUUGGCUCGCCGGAUACGGGGGGAGAGAGCUUAAGUUGAAGCGAUUUUUAUGGCAUUUUGUAGUAAAUUCUGUAAAAUACUUUGGUUUAAUUUGUGACUUUUUUUGUAAGAAAUUGUUUAUAAUAUGUUGCAUUUGUACUUAAGUCAUUCCAUCUUUCACUCAGGAUGAAUGGAAAGAGUGACUGUUCACAGACCUCAGUGAUGUGAGCACUGUGGCUCAGGAGUGACAAGUUGCUAAUAUGCAGAAGGGAUGGGUGAUACUUCUUGCUUCUCAUGAUGCAUGUUUCUGUAUGUUAAUGACUUGUUGGGUAGCUAUUAAGGUACUAGAAUUGAUAAAUGUGUACAGGGUCCUUUUGCAAUAAAACUGGUUAUGACUUGAUCCAAGUGUUUAACCAUACAUCACUGUGAUAGAAUGUGGGCUUUUUCAAAGGUUGAAGAUACAAGUUUUAGCCACAGUGUAACAGUUUCCUUUAAAAAAAAAAAAGUAAACCUGGCAGCUAUAGAAUACACUAUGUGCAUUUAUAAUAGCUAUUUUAUAUAUUGUAGUGUUCAACAUUUUUAAAUUAAAUGUUUUACAUUCACAAGUGGUGGGGAGUCUUGUCAUUAAGGUGUGUGUAAUUUAGUCCAGUUGGUAUUUCUGACUAGACUGCAUUUGUUUUUAACAAAGUAGAAGAAUGCUAUGCGUAUUAAACCUUGCAUAAGUCCUCAUUCUACCACAUGUUCACUAACCCCUGACCCUCUGGCUGGUAACACAAAACACUAACGGGGAUUUUCUUUAAGGGCUCUAGAGUAAAACAACAAGCUAUUCACACCAGCAUCAUCUGUUCCUAAUCUAGUUAGUGAGCUUUUCAUUGUGUUUGGUCUUUACGCCUAGACUGAGUUUGGUUUUGUUUUUAAUCUUUAAGGGGGAAAACUGUGCAAGGUUUGCUUUUCCUUGUGGAGUUUACAAACAUGGGGGUAAGAGUACAGCUUGAGCUUAUUGGACUCUGCCAAUGAAGAUGGGUUAGGUUACACCUGGUUACUAAACUGGCAAAAAAAUCCCUUUUAUAGAGAUGGCCUUCAAGUGGUUUUUAAAAGUAUCCUAUUGAAGUUUUUAGGUCAAUUAUGUAUGUUGACUAAAUUUACAAAUAAACUUGUUUAUUCAA